UUUUAACAAAAAAAAAUAUGAAGAUCUCAACAUCACUUUUAUUGAUAGCAUAUGCCACUAGUUCAGCUCUCGCAUUGAAUCCUAUUGUUACUAAGGGAUCAAAAUUUUUUGAUUCUGUAACAAAGGAGCAGUUUUUUAUUAAAGGUGUGGCAUAUCAACCUCGAACACAGAUGUCAACUGUGGAGAAAACAAUUGAUCCCUUGGCUGAACCUGAAGCCUGUGCACGAGAUGCCCCGCUCAUGGCUAAACUUGGUACUAAUGUUCUCCGUGUUUAUGAGGUGGAUCCAAGAAAGAACCAUGAUGCCUGUAUGAAAUCGUUUGCAGACGCAGGUAUUUAUCUAUUGCUCGAUAUUGCAACACCACGCUUCUCUGUCAAUCGAAAAGUACCAGAAUAUGGUAUUCAAUUGUAUGAAGCUUAUAAGGCGACCGUCAAUGCCUUUACAAAAUAUGAUAAUCUAUUUGGCUUUAUUGCUGGCAACGAAGUCACUAACGAUAAGACAAACACUCAGGCUUCUGCUUAUGUGAAGGCUUCUCUUCGUGAUAUUAAGGCAUAUGUGAAGAGUGCCAGCAACAGGGCAAUUCCAGUUGGUUAUGCAAGUAAUGAUGAUGAAUUUAUCCGAGAUGACAUCAAGGAUUAUUUCAAUUGUGGUGAACCAGAGACUCAGGCUGAUUUCUUUGGCAUCAAUCUCUAUGAAUGGUGUGGUACAUCUACAUUUCAAAAAUCAGGCUUCAAGGAUCGUACAAGAGAACUUGAAAACUAUAGUAAACCUGUGUUUCUUUCAGAAUAUGGUUGUAAUCUUGUUACACCCCGACCAUUUACUGAAGUGGCUGCUAUCUAUGGCCCAGAGAUGACAGGUAUAUGGUCAGGCGGGGUUGUCUAUGAAUGGACUCAAGAAAACAACAGAUAUGGCUUGGUGCGAAUCACAGACUCUGGUGAAGCAGAACUGCUUGAAGACUACAAAAAUCUCAAGCAACAAAUGGAAAAGACAAAACCCAUAGGUGUCAAGAUGGAUGCUUAUAAUGAAAAGAAGCCAGAAUCCAAUUGUCCUGCCAUUAGUGCCACUUGGAAAGCAUCUUCCUCCCUACCACCUACUCCUUCUUAUGGUGCUUGUGAAUGCAUGGUACAAAACAUGAAAUGUGUUGCUUCUGACAAGGUAACGAGUAUUCCAGGUGACGUAGGCAAUAGUACGCUUGGAUCUCAAUUGGAUACAAUGUGUGGCAUGGUAUCAUGUGCUGAGAUCAGUGGUGAUGCUGAAAAAGGGGUCUAUGGUGCAUUCUCGUUUUGUUCUGCUAGAGACAAACUUAGUUGGCUUUACAACUUGAAGACAAAGGAACUCAAGCAGUCAACUGGAGCUUGUGACUUUAACGGCCUUGGGCAAGAAAUGAUCCCUAAAAGAAAUGAUUUGGCUUCAUGUGCUAAAAUUGCACCUGCUUUGGAUAGCCCUAGUGGCAAUGGCAAUGGUCCAAAUGGUAGUUCAUCAUCUAGUGCCACUAAAAUGAAUUGUAGAAUGGUUUAUGGUGAUGCAUUUGUGGCGUCUGUCGUAUGUGUACUUGCUGCCACUUUCUUCAUGUAACUGGCCUGACUAAAAAUAAUCUCUAAAGGAGUAUAUAUAGAGAAGAUGCUUUACAUCUUUAUUUUUAUAUAUAUAUAUAUGUAUCUCUUUCUUAAUCGUUCACUCUUUCGUAAUUACAAUAAAUACACAUUAUAUAUUCAUUUACAAAAG